UAUCGCGGUGUAUCUAAUGCACCGUAUUGUCAAUGUAUUUUUACGUUUUCUUUACCUUAGAAUAUGUUUCUGCUUCUAUUGUGGAAAAAAUACACUUUGAAAUACGUUUAAUUACGCACACAGCAUACAGGUUAAUAAAAUCGAGCGAGCGGCCACUUAGCUUAUGACGCUUACAAGAUUUAUGUGUUGCUCUUUAGACAAUGCAGUGCAUUUAUAAUAUCUACCAGGCGGCUUUUCACCAAAAAUGGCAACCCAAGAGAAUUUGUUACAUUAAACCUCGCGAGAAGUUGUAGCCAACUACUGGUAAAAUCAAAAUUGCAGUCUAAGUCUCAAGUAUAAUUUUUUUUUACCACAAAACUUUUUAUACAUAUUAAAAUACUUAACGUAAGUAUGUAUAGACAUAUAUUUAUUCGUUUUCGUCUGUGUUGGUUUAUGGUCUUCCUUCUUUGGCGGAUGUGACGAAACCAUAGUUCGCUCAAAGUAAAUACAUGCGCCUAUGAGGGCAACGCGUUGAGGAGAAGUUUCUCUAGAACUACCUUCAUUCUCAGCGUGAAGAAAGAUUUUGGCCUGGCGGUAUGAACGAGUCGGCAAACUAUCCUCCGCCCGACUUUGGCUCUCCUCCUUCCAAUUCCUUCCAGUCGUUCCAGCAGCAGCAGUCGCACUCGAGUAGCUUCCAUCCCACCAUGUGGAGCUGGAGCGAAACGCCUACCGAACACACCUGGGGCUGCGACAGUAGUGUUGGCAGGCACCACGGGUCAGCGGCAAGUUAUGGGUUCUCAUCAAACCGUGGAAACCACGGACCUACACAUACAUACAGUCAAAACUUUAGUCAUGAAUGGGAUCGAGGUGGACAUCAAAGCUACCGAGCUCCCAGCCAUCAUGGAAAAAAGAAAAACAGGAAAGAACCAGAGUAUUCCCAUUUUUGUGACACCUGCGACCGGGGCUUCAAAAACCAGGAAAAGUACAAUGAGCAUGUUUCUCAGCAUGUCAAGUGUUCUGUGGCUGACUGCAGCUUCAUGGCCCAUGAAAAACUUGUCAGCAUACACUGGAAAAAUAACCAUGCACCAGGAACUAAAAGAAUCAAACUGGACACACCAGAGGAGAUUACUAAAUGGAGAGAGGAAAGACGCAAAAACUAUCCAACACUUGUGAAUAUUGAGAAGAAGAAAAAAGUCCUGGAGGUGCGGGAGGAAACGGGAGCUGUCCUGGAAACAGCUCAGUUUGGACGAAUGAGAGGAAGAGGCAGAGGUCGUGGUUGGAAAAACAGAGGAUUCCAAGGGCGACAUCUGAGACGGCCACACUCAUCGGACUGCAUUGUUACAGAGAAGCCUAAACCACUCACCCACCCAUGCAGGGACGGGGAUCCACUCGGAGCAUUAGCCACUAGUGACCAUGAUUCUGACAGAGAUGAGUCCAGGACCAGUGGCUUGGUUGUGGCCCCUAAGAAGAUGAGCUCAGCUCUGGGAUCCCUAGUAGCAAACUACGGAUCAAUGACCGAAAGUGAUGAUGAACCAG